AUGAGAGUUAAAGCAAGAGAUCUUUUUUAUAUGAAAAAUGGGUAUGAAUGUGACUCAGAUUGCAGCGAUGAAGAUUUAUAUGACAAUGUCAGUUAUGAAAUCGAUAGUGAUGAUUAUUUAGAAUUACAAACACCCAAAAGAACAAGUAAUGUCAUUGAAGAACUAGAUUAUGAACCCAAUUUGGAAAAUUUUACAAAAAAAUUCAAGAAUCUAAAAAUAUCAAACUAUAGACAAUUACAAAAGGUUGCAGAUUCAUUGGGUUUAAAUUCCUUAGAAAAAAAAGUAACAUUAUAUCACAGGGUCAAAAAUUAUUUAGAAAUUCAAGAUACAAUAUCAAAAGAACGUGAAUUGAAAAUCCAAUGGAAUUCAAUGUUUAGUCAAAAUCAAAGUUUAUUUUCAUCCUCUACUUUAUCAAAUGGUGAAUUAUUGUUUUGGAAGGUUUUCAAAAAUAAAACCAUAUUCAAAGAAAUAUUUUCAAAUAUCAAAUAUAAAGAAGUAUAUGGUUACGACGAUAUGGUGAAAGCUGAAUAUGUUUUAAAGUACUAUAGUAACGGGGCAGAAAUUGUUAAGGAUAAGAUCAAGAGUAAUAAUAAUAUUAUCAGUAACCAAAAUGAUAUGGAGGCAAUUUUAAAAUCAAUUCGUGGGUUCUCAGAAGAUAAUGAAAUAUUUUAUAGAAAUUUAUUUACAAAAUUUAAAUCCCAUGGCAAAAACAGUCAGUUCAAAAAUGUAAACAAAUGGUUUAACUUGAUAAUAUCAAGUUAUAAUAAAUUGGCAACAUCUCAAUAUAUAAAAAUCUUCGAUUUAUCAACUGGGGAUAUCAGAGGAAACAUCACUAAUUUUCAAGAACAUUAUAAUUUUUUUUCAUCCUAUCAAGGCAUUAAGAUGUUCUCAUUUUUAAAAACAAAUGAUUGCAUCGAUAAAGAUAGUUUCAUCAUUAAACCAUUUAACCAAAUCAAUGUCACUUCAGAUUCAUUUAAAUUAAAACAAUUGGUCACAAUAUUUAGAAUAAUAGUUUCAAUCGUUCAAGAUAAUAAUGGUAUCAAAACCGAAAAGAUAGAUAGACUAAUCAACGAAUUACAACAAAUUGAGUUUACAAAACUUGAUCAAUUUAAUUCAAAAAUAGUAGAUAUAAUAGAAAACCCAGAAUUACUUUCAAAAGUUCAAGUUAAAAAAGAAGGAAACAAUCAAACAUUAAAAAAUAUUAUUUUUAAAUUAUUCAAGCUAUUUUAUUCAGUAAAUAAGAAACUACAACUUUUAGUUAAUAAGAGUAAAAAAUUUUAUUUUCACAAAACAAGUAGAGAACUUAAUGAAAUGCUCGAAUCCGAAUCUCCCAGUUUAGAUUUAAACAGAUUACUAAAAAUAUCAAAUAAAGGGGAUUUGGUAAAAAUUUGUAAAGAUUACUACUGCCAUUAUACCACUGAUUUCUCAAAACAGUCAGAUUUUCAUAAAAUGAUUUUAAAUUCAAAUAAUGUUGUUUUAAUAGAAGCAUUAUAUAAAGUAGUGAGUUUUGGAAUCGUCAAACAGCAUGAAUUUCCUUAUUUAAUUAAAUCAAUCAAUAGUACAGAGGUUUUAGACUAUUAUUUCAACAAUCAUAAAGACUCAGGAAUAUUCAAACAAGAAGAAGGUUGUUGGAGGUUCUUUCAAAGUGUCGAGCUAUUGGUACAUUAUGAAAAGCUUAUGGAAGGUAAUAUUGAUAUACUGCAAUAUGGAGAUACUUCUCAUUUAAAAUAUUUAAAUAUUCAAGUCUUAUUGCAUGCAAUAAAUAGUUUAAAUUUAGGAUCAAAAUUAUAUUACAUUGAAAGAGAAUUGAAAAUUGAAGAUUUUCUACACACUAUAAACAAUGCUAUUACCAAAGGGGAGCAGGAGUCUGUUAUUUCAUUGUUUUCAACUUUUUGCUUCAAAUCAAUCGAUUUAUCAAAACUUUUCGAACACGUUGUAAUGGGAAAUAAUGAAUUAAAUUCAAACUAUUAUCACAUCAAAAAGAUAGAAAGAUCUAAAAUAACAUUAAUAUUGGAUUGGAUAUUUCAAUAUUGUCCAUUGCAUCAUAUUUAUAAUAGUAUUAAGACGGGUAAUUAUAAAGAAGUUGUUAUACCAAUAGAGUUUAUUCAAGAAAAUCAUAUCGGUAAUAAAAUCAAUAGUAAUGAAUAUAAUGAAGAGCUAGAACAGACUUCGAAAUAUACAUAUUUAGAUUCAAAAAGAUUAAUAACAUUUAGAGCUAAUUUUUUAGAUUUUCUCACUUAUCUUUCCCUUAUUGGGCGUUCAGAUGACAUUAUCAGUCUUUAUUUGAACCUUAAUAACAUAAUUACAAAUAAGAACAUUCAUCGCAAAAAAUCAUUAUUCCAUUUUUUUUCAAGUAAUACUUUAGAGAAAUUUAUUUCCCUCUUUAAGGAUAAUCUCGUCGAUAAUUGUUCAAUUAAUCUUUUAUAUCAUGCAUUAUAUGUUGCCGCUUCCAAAGGAUUUUUACCACUAUUCAAGCAAUUGGCAUUUGAUUCGAGCUAUAUGUUAAAGAAAAGAAUGGGUAGAAAUGGAUCCUUGUUUGAAUCAAAUCUAUUGUAUAAUUUAGUAACAGCAUCAAUCGAUAAUGGAAAUUCAGAAUUAGCUCACUUUUUAAUAAACUUCAUAAACUUUUCAACUAAAGAAAUUAAGUCACUAAGGGUAUUAGAGUGCCAAUCCAAAAACAAAUAA